UAAUUUUAAAAUUUGAAUGGAUGAUAUUAAUAAACUAUUGGAAAGAUCAGGUCUUCUAGCGUUAAAAGAAUCUGGUUUAACUAUAGUUUCUUUAUUUGGUGUUUCUGAAAAUAACGAUCUACUGCUUCUCUAUCAAAUAUAGUCGUUACAUUGGCUAAUCGUAUUGUUGGCGCUAACGUUUUUACUUCAAGAAAUGAGCCUUUAAAUGAGAAUACUUUGGAGGUAAAAUGCAGAAAUUAAGCAACUCCAUGUUCAUCAGGUUUUUAUUUUUAUUUUCAUUUUUUUUUUAUUUUUUGCGUGUUUUAUUUUAGCUUGCAGAAGGGCUUCAAUUUUAUGUGGAUACAAAGUCAAAAACAAUUUAUUUAUUCAUGGAUUCUAAUUUAGAUGUAACAGUGUUUUCAAAGGAAAAGUCUUUCCCCGCUAGUCUAAUGGAUUAUCAAUCAAGUAUAAUGAGAGGCUUACUUUUUAUGAUGAUAAUAUCCCAUUUAGUCGUGCCUAUAUUACCUCCAUCUUUAUUGCCUGCAGAUUUCUUGUCAACACUUGUAUCACUUUCACAAGCCAAGUCAAAUAUGCAUACACAUUUAGCUCAGUAUCAAAGUUCUUGUUGGAAAUAUUGGAAUAUUUCGGUACCUAAUGCUUUAUUUGAAAAGAAAGAAAACGAACGUUCUAAUUCAACACUAAUGGGUUGGUGGGGGCCUGCAAAAGGUGUCCCAAUUUUAGUUUUCAUAAUUACAGACGUUCCAUUUUCAAAUAUUAUACCGACAGCUAUCAAGCGAAUGCAAGAUGCCCUUCAAACUAAAGUAAAAAACAUGUUUCGUGCUUUACAUUUAAUGCCAUCAAGACCAGAAGGAAGCACUCAUCAUCUUCCCGUCGAAGUUCGAUCUUUAUUUCUAUUACCAUCGGGUAGUCAACCUGUUAUUCAUAUUAUACCUGCACCAACAAAAGAAAUAAAUGAAAGCAUGGAAUCUGAUCUAUUACUUUUUAAUUUUGAUAAGCCACCUUCUUUAGCAUCCAGCAUUCAAGAUUUAUUAUCUACUUCUGAAACUAACUUACCUUCAGUUACACUUUAUCAUGAAUAUAGUGACAAGUUGUUAAAGAAUUUUGUAACUAUUUGGACAAAAACAGCUAUUUAUCGACAUCCUUUACACCAUCAUCAUCAUCAUCAUACUAAUAUGGGCCGAAAACUUGCAAGUCAAAAUGAUGAUAAUUUCAAGGCGACAUCAACACCUUUACCUACACCAAUGCAAUUUGCUUCAGCUGUUGUGCCUUUACUUUCCUUUUUAUUCAACAAGCCUAUCACUGAAAAUGGCGUUGAUUUUAAAAAAAUUAUUACAACACAAUUUCCAAGUACGAAAGGUAUGAUACAGCAAAUUGAAGUCAUUUUAAGAAAAAAGAUCAAAGAUAAUAUAGAGAUUGAACGAGUAUUUUCUAAAAGCCAUUGUAUGGAAAUUAUGCAAAAAUGCAACGAAGUAUAUUUACAGGAUUCUCCACCUUAUUAUGCUGAAAAAUAUCAUGAAUGGAAGAAAAACAAUGUUAUACGAAUGUAUUAUUCAUUAGCUCGUGGUCCUUGUAAAGAAGAAUAUGCAGUGCGACUCCAGCGUGACUGUGAUGCUGUUUGGAAAGGGGGAAGACAAAGUUGUGAGCAUGUUAGUUUAACAGGGAAAACAUGUCGUUUAAAGAUUGAUCAUGAAUUGGAUACAACUUUUUCAAAAUCUGCUAGAGAUGAAAGAAGUAGUAUGAUUGAUACAGCAAAACAUAAUAGUGGCAUUACUUUCUUUCACGCAUGUAAUUGUGGUAAAUCACAGAGAGUUAGAGAUGAUCCUUUUGAAGUAGAAGAUGCAAAUAUUAGAUUUUAUAACAAAUUUGAUUGUUGUUUAAUACCUGGUAGAGCUGCUUUAGAUAUAUGUAAAUCCAAGUAUGGAGAAAAGCAGGAUUUAGUAUUAAAUUACGAUGAAAUACCUGCGUAUGAUAUUUCGCUUUUAUAUCUCGGUCCUGCUAGUUUUUAUAAAAAUAAUAUAGGACUUGAUAAAGUGGAAGGAUUUACGAGUAAUACAAACUUUUUAAUUCCAUGGUCAAUGACUACUACUAGUGAAAUAAAGCUUAGACAACAAGAAAUGGCCAAUGCGGAUACUACUAGUCAACAACAAGAUAAAGCUCCAUCUUCGUCCUCUGCAACAGCACAAGAUAAUAAUACAGAAUGGCCCUUACUUGGAAAGUCACCACCAUCAACGCUUAAACCGGCUCCUACACCUAUUACAGUUGCCCCCUUAGACGUAUUUCCUGCUCUUGGUUCUAAUCUACCCUCCACACAUACACCGACUCUAUCUACACCAACAACGAUAACGAUGCCUAAUACAUCAAAUCGUCAAUUAUUUGAUACACGGCGUAGGAGAUAUCAUCGUGGAAGAGAACGUCUUCAGGGACUUGUUCGUGGUUAUGUUGGUGCUGAAUAUGAAUGUCCAUUUGGCCAUCGAUUUCUUAGUUGUGGUGAUGGACGUGUCUGUAAGCUUGGCCACAAAGGGCAUCCAAAGGAGCAUGGCAACUAUUUUGUUCAUCAAGAUUUACCCGUUUAUAUAAUUUGUCCCUGUACUUAUGCUAAUAAUACUAGCAAUAGUAAUAGUAGUAGUAGUAGUAGUAAUAAUAAUAAUAAUAAUAACAGUCUAAGCAAUAAUGCUAUUAGUAGCAAUAGUCAUAUGAUAUUAGGUCAUUCUUCUGUUACUGUUGCUGCUGCUACUGCUGCUGCUACAACGAAUGGUAGUAGCCAUCAUUUAGAAGUGAUUGCUCAGUUGCAACGUUUAUAUGUUGUUACCCCUGAUGAGCCAGCUAUUACUAUCUCUAUUGAACCAAAGAUAAAGAUUCAUGUCUCUGGUAAAGAAGAGGACUUUCAUAUUUUGGAUCUCGGUAUAAGUGAUAGUUUAGCUCUUGGACCUAAUAGUACCUAUGUGGUUCGUUUACCAUUUAUAUACCGCGAUAAUAAUGGAUCUCCUAUACCAGUUGAGUUAGACGUACAAAAAAGACUAAAAAGUGCUUUCUUACAAAAAGAUUGUAUCAAAUUUCAUUACAAGGAAUCUACAAAAUGGAGUAUAUCUACUGCAAUAUAAACAAGUACAAUAGUGAGACUACCACUUUUAUAUAUAUAUACAUACAUAUAUAUAUAUAUAUUAUAAUGAUGUAUUGUACAAAAACAACAACAAAUAACUCAUAUUAAUGGUUGAUGCAGAACGAACGAAAGAGCACCCGGGUUCAUUUUUUUUUCUUCCUAGUUUAAUGCAUAGAAUCUUAAUUUACAUUGAUACGAGAAGCAUUGUCUUUUUUAUGAUUGGCUAAAAUAUCUUUUAUAAGUCAUGCAAAAUUAAAAAAAAA